UUGUUCUGUAUGUGGCGUCAGGAUCAUUUUCAAUGAGAACCGCCAUUUUCUCUCUCCGGAUUUGACAAUUUGCAACAGAUAUGGCUGACUAUUCAAACGUGGCUCCGCCGUCGGGAAAUGGCGCAGGAAUGAACGACGCUUUUAAAGACGCACUUCAGCGAGCUAGACAGAUUGCGGCAAAGAUUGGGGGGGACGGCGUACCGUCCGCGGCGCCCUCAGGCAGUGAGUUUGGCUAUGGAGGCCAGAAGCGACCCCUUGAAGAUGCCGGUGAGUACGACCAACCAGAGACCAAGAAGGUGACACCUAAUGACUCGUUCUCAGCAGCAAUGGGAGGUGGAGGAAUGGGAGGUGGAGGAAUGGGAGGUGGAGGAAUGGGAGGUGGUGGAGCACGAUCGUUGUCGGAGGAGUUCAAGGUUCCUGACGGAAUGGUUGGAUUCAUUAUUGGAAGAGGAGGAGAACAGAUAUCCCGAAUGCAACAGGAGUCCAGCUGUAAAAUCCAGAUCGCCCCCGACAGCGGAGGUAUGCCUGAUAGGUCGGUGACACUGACUGGGUCCCCAGACUCCAUACAAGCUGCCAAGAGGCUGCUGUCGGAGAUCGUUGAUAAGGGUCGUCCUGCUCCAGCCUUCCACCACAACGACGCCGGCGGCCCCGGUAUGUCUGUUCAGGAGAUGCUGGUCCCUGCCUCCAAGGCUGGCCUGGUCAUCGGGAAGGGAGGAGAGACCAUCAAACAGCUGCAGGAGAGAGCCGGGGUCAAGAUGGUGAUGAUCCAGGAAGGGCCUCAGAACACGGGAGCAGACAAACCUCUACGCAUCUCUGGGGAACCUUUUAAAGUCCAGCAAGCCAAAGACAUGGUGAUGGAGCUGAUCAGAGAACAGGGCUUCAGGGAGCAGAGAGGAGAGUACGGCUCCAGGAUGGGAGGUGGAGGAGGAGGAGGUGGCGGCGGAGGAGGAGGAGGAGGAGGAGAGGGCUUGGAUGUUCCUGUCCCCAGGUUUGCGGUAGGAAUUGUGAUCGGGAGAAACGGAGAGAUGAUCAAGAAGAUCCAGAGCGACACAGGAGUCAGGAUCCAGUUCAAACCAGAUGACGGCACUACCCCGGAGAGGAUAGCCCAGAUCAUAGGUCCUCCAGAACAGUCCCAGCAUGCAGCAGAGAUCAUCACUGACCUUCUGAGGAGUGUCCAGCAGGGGGGGCCGGGCGGUCCUAACGGAGGGGGCAGGGGGAGAGGCAGGGGGGGUAACGGGGGGGGUAACUGGAACAUGGGUCCUCCUGGUGGACUGCAGGAGUUCACCUUCACCGUCCCGACCAUGAAGACUGGACUCAUCAUCGGCAAAGGAGGAGAGACCAUCAAGGGCAUCAGCCAGCAGUCUGGGGCGCGUAUCGAGCUCCAGAGAAACCCUCCGCCCAACUCCGACCCCAACAUUAAAAUGUUCACCGUCCGAGGAUCACACCAACAGAUAGAUUACGCACGGCAGCUGGUCGAGGAGAAGAUCGGGGGUCCAGUCAGUCCAAUGGGUGGUCCUCACGGCCCACCAGGCCCCCACGGAGGUCCCUCUCCCCACGGGCCCCCCGGCCCACCUGGACCUCCUGCUCAGAUGGGCCCCUACAACCCCGGCCCUUACAACCAGGGACCCCCAGGACCACAUGGUCCUCCCGCUCCCUACCAGCCGCAGGGUUGGGGCAACGGAUUCCCCCACUGGCAGCAGGGACAGCCGGAUCCUGGUAAAGCCGCAGCUGACGCCAACGCGGCGGCCUGGGCAGCGUAUUACUCCCAGUACCAGCAGCAACCCCAGGCCCCCAUGACGCCCGCCGGCGGAGCCCCCGGCAACACACAGGCCAAUGGGCAAGGUCAGCAACCACAGGACUACACCAAGGCCUGGGAGGAGUACUACAAGAAACAAGGUCAAGCGGCCCCCCAGGCAGCAGCAGGUCAGCCAGGUGGUCAGCCAGGUGUUCAACCAGGUGGUCAACCAGACUACAGUGCUGCCUGGGCAGAGUACUACCGCCAGCAGGCUGCGUACUACGGACAGGGAAGCCCACAGGCCAUGGGAGCCCAGCCACAAGCACCUCAGGGCCAGUAAUGUGAAGUGGACAUAAAGUAAAUGCUACAUUGUGGGGGAAAAACAAACAAAAAGGCCCCUUUUUUUUUUUGUUAAAUGUGUUGGAUGGUACAGAUGACGUCGUGAAGAUCUUAUUUCUGUUGGGUUUUUAAAAGUGUUUCACAAUAGAUGUGACGAUGACGAAGUCACUCCGGAGACACGACACAAACACCACCAUGAUAUUUAUCUCCUUUUUGUUUGUUGAUUUUUCUUGUAAAUGAACAGUUCUUUUUUUUUUUUUUUUAGUGAGGUAAUAUGGUAAUUCUAUUCUUGUGUCAUGCUAUGUGGUAAGAGCUCCUGUUAUUAUCUCAAAUCGUCUACCAUGUGAUAUCGGCUCCAUUUUUAAAUAAUAUGCCUGUGUUUUGCAAUAAACUAAAGUGAAACCUA